UCACUCCCGCCUUAACCCCUUCUCUUAUCGAUGCUGGGUAUAGUCUAAGGGCCUACUCGCGGGGACUAGCUGGGGCUGGCGACUCUCAUUCUCCUGGAAUAUUCAGAACACGGCUAUAUAUGACGUAUCGAGGCUGAAGUACCGCGCUCCGCCUUUCCUUCCUCUACCGUGACGUGGGGGUUCGAUUAGAUGCGAUCCCGCUAAUAACCCAACCGCUUAUGAGCUCUUCAACACGCCGGGGAUGUCUGCAGACCUGUUCGCUGAGUUCGGAACGGGGUCUACCUCUGCUCGACCCCAGAGAGGUUCUCGCCAGCAACACGGCGGAUACCAGUCACCGUCAUUGAUACCCGAUCUGGACCCAUUUGAAGAUGCCUUUUCCGCUCGUUCUCCGCACGGUCCAAACAAUGUUGCCACUCAGCCAUCCCAGGCCGGGACAGGCUGGGGUCAGUCGGCUUUUGAACAGUCGAGUAGCUCGGCAUGGCCCCAAUAUGAGAACAGCAAUGACGUGCUAUUCGAUGCCACCGUUGACGUCCCGGAGGAUGGAAGCGAUGACUGGGGUGAAUUCGAGACUGCGGAGAUACCAACUGUUCAAAAGUCAUCCAACGUUCCGCCGAACUCUCACGGGGCGCGAAAGAAACACAAUGUCGCGUCUCCGGCUCCUCCAAAGCGCUCUACAGUGGAGAGGUCCCCUGUCAACCUGAUGGAUAUGUUAUCGCUUGACGACAAAGUGUCGACGCCGAAGAGCAAGCCCACUGCAGCACCGGCGCAGAAGAGUUCCAAGCCACAACGCAAAGUCGCGGCAGUUGUCGCAACGCCUUCUCCCAUGCCGGACGAUUCAUUCGAGGAAUGGGGCGACUUUGUGGACGGGCCACUUAUAGAGUCUAGUCGGACAAAUGCCCCAGUGGCUGCUAAGUCUACGGCUCCAACGACACAACGGCCUCGACAAACCCAAAGAAGAAGCCCCUCUGAGAAUACGAUCGCCGCUGCACAGUCAAGCAUAUUCCAAACAGCCAGCCCCCCUACAACAGCAGACCAAGUCCGCCCUACGAAUAUACCCCCGCCCUCUGUAUUGCUUGAGCUAUUUCCCCACCUCCUGGAUGAACUCCGACAAGAGGCCACCAAGGCAAGGAAGGACAUGCAGCAAAAGGACCAGCUCGAAGCCACUGCAAAUCUCACCAUAUGCAUCUUGAAGGCGGCAGCACGGGUUGUUGCCGGCCGUACGCUGCGGUGGAAACGGGAUUCCAUCCUAAGUCAGAGCAUGAGGAUUGGCCCAGCGCGUGCCGGGAAAUCGGGAGGCAUGAAGCUCAAUUCGGUAAACAAAAAUGAGGAUAUCAAGGAGCAGCAGGAGGCCGUUGACGUGCUCACCAUGUGGCGCGACCGGACCGCGCUGUUCAAUUCCAUCAUCCAGGCCACCGGAAGACGCGCAAUCCAAGUCAUACCCGAGAAUACCCGUGUAAUGACCCUCACGGCUACCCAAGGGGCCCAGAAAGCAUCUCAUGCUUGUGCUCUCUGCGGCCUGAAGAGGGAUGAAAGGUUACCGAAGAUCGAUGAUAACGUGGAAGACAGCUUCGGAGAAUGGUGGACGGACCACUGGGGUCAUACCGACUGCAGACAGUUCUGGGAGAAGAACAAGAGCCUCCUCGGUCAAAGAUAGACACGUCUCCGUGUGAGCAAGCCAAAGGGGAAAUAAUCACGUCCGUUGAAAUGUCAGCUGACGCGACUGAUCACAUCAGAGGCAGAAGCGGGGCCACGCAGGAUGGAUGAAACAUAACCCCUGGCCAUAUUGCAUGGCACUUGCCCAUGAUUGAGUACCAUUUGCAGCGGAAGGGUGACAUGACUAAAAGUGCAUAUCUACACCAUUCGGCGACUUCGUGUUGGGGGGGGGGUACUCGACCCUCUUUCACCCAUGGGCCACUACUGUAAAGAUCAGUGCCAUGGGGUGUUUUGAACAUAUUUUAGCGAUAGAGCUUUGAACAGGAAUCCAACCGUGGAUUCAGACUUAGUGCUGUCACCGAAUAGUGAGAUGUCUGGAUAGUUCUAAACCUCAAACCCAGUAUCAGCACGGCUUCGACUUCAUCUGCCGGUAGCCUGGUCAGGCUAAAAGCCUGCCUAUGUGUCAAUGGCAGAUGGCAUGAGUCAUAGUGUCGUUG